AUGAAGUUGUCACUGGUUGCUGGUUCUUUAAUUGGGCUGUUCCAAGUUGUUUUUGCGCAGGAACAAGAUUCUGCAAAUGUUGCAGAAUCGCCUUCUAUGAGUUCUUCCGAUACUUAUAGGUAUGGCAGAUUCGACAAAAUCACGGACUCCGAAUCUUCUACUUAUUCUGGCACCUCUACGUAUGGCAGGUUUGAUAAGACUAGCGAUACCGAGUCCUCAUUUGCUUCCAGUACCUCCACGUACGGUAGGUUUGAUAAGACAAGUCGUUCUGAAUCAGAGAACGGUGCCAUGAAUUAUCCACAUGGGAACGCCCGUUUUAGCGGCAUGAUGCUGGGGUGUAUCAUGAUGUUGUUGUGA